UCGCCAUAGAAGCAAGCUAUGGCGUUUCCGCCAAUUUCAUUUGCUUCAUCUUCGGCUUCUUCUGCAUGCUCCUGCUCCUCUUCUCUGCAUUUUCUUCAUUUUCAACCUCAAUUCUGCCCUUCCAGUAGUUCCGUGACUUUCAGAUUCAGAGUUUCUUGUUCUAACCAGACAGCUCAUUUUGACACUGAACAACCCCGACGAGUGAAGGUAACUUCAGAAGGAGCCGAGAAGAAAAAGAAGAAUAGUGCUAGACCAAGUUUCUUUGACCAAAUUCGAGAUAAAUGGACUCUCAAACUGAGCUCACCGAGAGAAAAAUUCCCGUGGGAAGAACCAGAACAGCAAGAAGACGAAGAAGAAGACGGGGGAGGAAAGCCUGACCGGGAGUCUUCUGGGACUUAUGUAUCUGAAUCCAUGGUAGAAGUGAAAGCUUCAGUGAUUCAUCCUGUGAGUUCCCAGUCUCGAAAUCAUUUUUCCCCUUGGCAUCAAGCCGUCCAGCCCCUCGAUAGACAGGUUGACUCUGAACCUGACAUUGCUGAUAACGAUGGAAAACUAUUAGAAAAUAAUGUCACUGGAUCUUUUACUGGGAAAAAUGAGAUUUUGGGAGAGAAAAGAAAUGAUGGCGAAGUUGAUAGCGAACUCUACAAUGGUCAUGGAAGUCCGGUUGUGGCUAAGGCAACUAGGGAGACCAUCCGCUCAAUGGAAGGAAAGAGAAUUUUUUCAAAGGACAGGUCAAAUAGUCAUGAGAGAGAUCAUAGCGAUAUUCGCUGGUUGAAUGAAGAAAAUAGGGAUUCUGGUAAUUUGCCAUCCCAGAGAGUGAAUGGAGAAGAAGGUCGGGAAAGAGAUAGAAAAAGGAGAAGCAACACGGAGUUGGCAGAUAAGUUGGUUCCCGAACAUGAGUUGCGAAGGCUCAGAAACAUUGCCUUGAGGAUGGUCGAGAGAAUCGACGUUGGGGUCGCGGGCAUCACGCAAGAAUUGGUGGAUUCUAUUCAUGCCAAAUGGAUGGAGGAUGAAGUAGUGAAGUUGAAGUUUGAAGGUCCUCUUGCGGCUAACAUGAGACGGGCCCAUGAGAUUUUAGAGAGAAAAACUGGAGGCUUAGUGGUAUGGCGGUCAGGCAGUUCGAUAGUGCUGUAUAGACAAUCGAACUACAACCUUCCCUGUGUACGAAAGCUUGCCAAACUAAACCAGGAUAAUGUGACUACUGUGCACCAUUCAGAGGAUGUUGAGAAUCACACUCAAGUAAGAGUGAACGAACCAGUUAGAACUAAAGAUCCAGCUAUGCCAGACUCCACAAAUUAUUUGAAAAAUCUAUCUGAAGAAGAAUACAUGGAACUGAUUGACCUCAACGAUUUGUUAGAUGAGUUAGGACCACGUUUCAAAGAUUGGGCUGGCCGUGAACCAUUACCUGUUGAUGCGGACUUAUUACCUGGUGUGGUUCCGGGAUAUAAAACUCCAUACAGACUUCUUCCUCAUGGGAUAAGACCUGGUUUAAGAGACAAGGAGAUGACAAAUUUUCGAAGACUUGCAAGAACUAUGGCUCCACACUUUGCCCUUGGUAGAAACAGGGAGCUGCAAGGUCUGGCUAAAGCUAUGGUGAAGCUAUGGGAAAGAAGUGCAAUUGCAAAAAUAGCCAUUAAACGUGGUGUGCUCAAUACAAUGAAUGAGAGGAUGGCAGAACAACUCAAGAAAUUGACUGGGGGGACUCUACUUUCAAGAAAUAAGGAUUAUAUCGUAUUUUAUAGGGGCAAUGACUUCUUGCCACCUGCUGUCACAGAGGCAUUGACUGAGAGGCACAAACUAGCCCUGCUCAAGCAAGAUGAGGAAGAUCAAGUGCGACAAAUUGCUUCAUCAUUGACUAGGUCUACUGGAAAAGCUUCUCAAAUUCCAUUUGUUGCUGGUACCCUUGCUGAAACUAAGGCAGCAACCACCCAAUGGGGACAUCAACCAAGUAGCCAAGAAGUUGAGAAAAUGAGGAGAGAUUCAGCUAUAAGCAAACUGACUUCUAUAGUUAAAAACCUGGAGAAAAAAUUAGCUCAUGCUAAAGCGAGGGUCAAGAAGGCUGAGAGGACUCUAGCAAAAAUGCAAGAUGGUUUUGAGCCAGCAGAUCUUCCAAAUGAUUUGGAAACAUUAACUAGUGAAGAGAGAUUCUUGUUCAGGAAGAUUGGUCUUAGUAUGAAACCGUUUCUACUUCUGGGCAGGCGAGGUGUUUAUUCUGGUACCAUAGAAAACAUGCAUCUACAUUGGAAGUACCGUGAGUUGGUAAAGAUAAUUGUGAGUGGGAAAAAUUCUGCCCAAGUAAAGCAUAUUGCAAUAUCUUUGGAAGCUGAAAGUGGUGGGGUUCUAGUGUCUGUGGAUAAAACUCCUAAAGGUUAUAUAAUUAUUGUUUAUCGUGGAAAGAACUACCUCCGUCCACGUUCUCUGAAACCUCAGAAUUUGUUAUCACGAAGGCAGGCAUUAGCUCGAUCAAUUGAGCUUCAAAGACGUGAGGCACUAAAACAUCAUAUCAUAGACGUAGAGGAGGAGAUUGAGUUGCUGAAAUCUGAGCUGGAUGAUUUGAGAAAUGGAAAGAAGAUUGCCGAUGAGGAAACUGUUUAUUCAAGACUGGCUGAGCCUAAUUUUUCUGAUGACGACUUGGAAGAGAACGAAGGAUCAGAGACGUACUCUGACAAGUAUUACAGCAGUAGUGAGGAUGAGAAUAUUCAGGAGGAGGAGGAGGCUUGAAUUGGUAUAGUGCUGCAUUGCAUUGGUUAGCUGGGGAAGCUCAAUUUUGGUAGCGUGCGUAUCAGUCAAUUAUGUAGUUUAAACUACUGAUCGAUGAACGGGAUGAUGGCAGAAACUCUUGAGCUGUUAUUUUCUUGAGGAAACUUUUUUAUGAUAAUAAGGCAAUUAGGUCUGCUGUCUGAACUGCUGUCAUUCUAUGUAAAUAUAUUACUGUAAAUAUGUUUCGUUAAUGAUAUGUGAAAAGUUUGUUUUUAAACAGAAUGUAAUUUUUUUUGGAUUAAUAUAAUUUUUAGCCCCUCA